UAGAAAGAGGAGGAGGUUUGGCCAAGGAGAGCUUUGAAUAGGGAAGUUUUGCAGGGGGUUACAUUCGCAGUCAUCUCAGUGUUUGCAAAUAUUGAGUAGGCUUCUGAGCAGGUAUCUUCUCGAGAGAGCCCAGGAGUGGAAAACAGAACCAGCAGCCUUGGAGAGGCUUUGCAAAUAAUCAUAAUAAACCAUCUAUUGCUGUGCAAUUAAACUUUGCAUGAAACUUUGCUUUUUUAAAUAGUAUUAUUAAAAAGAAAUCUAUCUUCAUCUAAAAUACUGAACAGGAGUUUAAUAUAUAGCUAGAGACAGGGUGCUUUUCUUAAAAAAAAUUUUCUUCGUCUUUUUUUAAAUGUUUUUUUGGUGGUCGUCCUUUUUCUCUGGAGGAGGAGGAGGAGGAAGUGGGACUUUGUAAAUAGCUGGUCGUAUUUCUGUCACCAUCACCUGCCAGCGCGAUUACUGUCGACAGCAGCAACAGCUAAAGACAUUGCUUUUGUUAUUGUUGUUAUUAUUUUUCUAAAGACAUUGCAAUCGGACAUUGACUUCGUGGAAGGUUUCUUGUUGCAACUUUUCCACCCUUCCAAACAAACAAGACAUGGAUGUGCUCCCGAUGUGUAGCAUUUUUCAGGAACUCCAAAUUGUCCACGACACUGGUUACUUUUCUGCUUUGCCAUCUCUGGAGGAAUAUUGGCAACAGACUUGCCUUGAGCUGGAACGGUACCUUCAGAGUGAACCUUGCUACGUGUCUGCCUCCGAGAUAAAAUUUGACAGUCAAGAGGAUCUGUGGACCAAAAUUAUUCUGGCCCGCGAGAAGAAGGAAGAAUCUGAGCAGAAGACUGCAUGUCUUCCGAAGGAGGACAGCGCAAGUAGCCAGAGCUUAGAGACUAACAGUUUGAAUUCUGAUAUUAGUAGUGAAUCAUCAGAUAGCUCCGAGGAACUUUCACCUACGACUAAGUUUACCUCUGAUCCCAUAAGUGAUGUCUUAGGCUUGGCCAACACGGGAAACUUGAGUUCAUCUGUCACUUCUACUCCACCUUCUUCUCCUGAGUUGGGCAAGGAGCCAGCGUCUCAACCAUGGAAUUGUGUGCCUGGUGAAUUGCAUUCACCAGGCAAAAUUCGUACUGGUACUGGUGGAAAGACUGUGGAAAAAGGUACCUCGGUCAAUGGUGAUGCCUCUCCAGAUGGAAGGAGGCGAGUCCACAGUUGUCAGUUCAAUGGGUGCAGAAAGGUUUACACCAAAAGUUCACACCUGAAAGCACAUCAGCGUACCCAUACAGGAGAAAAGCCUUACAGAUGCUCAUGGGAAGGAUGUCAGUGGCGUUUUGCAAGGAGUGAUGAGUUAACCAGACACUUCAGAAAGCACACAGGAGCCAAGCCUUUUAAAUGUAAUCACUGUGACAGGUGCUUCUCCAGGUCUGACCACCUGGCCCUUCACAUGAAGAGGCAUCUCUGAAUGGGUGAAGAGAUGGAAUCCUGUGGGCUAAGAGGCUUCAGGGUCAACCGACCUUGAAAGAAGGGAUGCGUAUUCCAGCCAAAGCAUGCCAUUUUGCACCCUAACCCAGUUGCCUCCAGGGCCUCUCUUCCGUGGAAGGUCUCCAGAGGGCUACACAAGUCAUGUAAGAAAACGGCAUCGCGACCGCACGGUGUGGGUCUCAUCCGCUGGCACCCACCCUUCUGAGUGGCUUCUACGCCUUCUGCCGUGAGCACGUGCACUGAGAAUGUUAAUGAUUGGACGACUGUAUGUUACUGAGGAUCUACUGGGCGACUGUAUGCUGAGGCAUAUUUUUUUCAAUGUUUUGUUUCGUUCCUUGUGGUUGUUUUAUAACCGUAAGAGAGAAAAGGUCGGCUGAAUGGGGGAUCUUUUGUUUUUGGGUGUAUGCAAGGAGUAUAAUGCAAGACGGAAUGAGCACCAGUCAUUUCCAAGGGGCAGGAGCAACGGAGGUGUCUGCACUUUUUUUUAAAGAAUGAGGGGGACAGGAAGGGAGGGAAAGAAAGUCAGACACCAGAAAUGGAGGGAGGGGCCCCUAACCUGUGUGAGAGGAGCUUUCGGUGUCUGGUCCAGCUAUUAAAUGUGCAAUGUGUCAAGUAGUUUCUUUUACUUGCUACAAUGCUCAUUUGUAAUCCAUUGUAUAAGCUGUGUAUUUACAAUAUAACACAACCUAUAAUGUUUUCAUUAUAAUACAAAGGUUAUUGCAUGGUUCUGGGGAACUAUAUGCUUUUCCAUUCUUUAAUCAGGACUGCAGGUUUUUAUUUUCUCUCUCAAUUCCAGUUAAAAGCUGCUACAAUGCAAUUGGUUUAGUGUUACAUAACAUACAGAACCUGGAUAUAUAUUUUUCGUCCUGUUGCGUGGAUAAAACCACUGUAGGUUAGAAAUGGGUUUUUUUAAAGGAAAAAGAAAAGAAUUCUCAUGCAGCUAUUUUCCCCCUUUUUAUUUAUGCCUUGAGGUUUCAUUUCUGGUUUUUUAGCUGUUAAUGCACUGUUGACCUUAAUAAUGGUGCCUUAUGCAAAGUGACCGCCUCUUGUAGGGGUUUUAUACAGGGGUAUGGGUGAAGUACGCUUCAUUAAGGCUCUCUUGUCACCUGACAGUUGUACUGUAUCAAAUGUAUAUCAUGAAGAGAAGAGGAGACAUAAACUGCUGAACAGGAUUUCAAAGUACAGAAACAUUCGGGUCAUGGACAACUUUAAAAAUCCCACGGCAUAAUCUGAUCAGUUCUGCCAACUUGAGAAUCCCUGGGUUUUUGUUUUUGAUAUCUGACCGUGCACAAUCUAUUACCUUAUCCUACUCCCACCCCAUUGCCAAAUAAAACCGCAUUUUCUAAAGUAUGUUUCUCUCAUGCAUAUUUAAAAGUGCAGGAGCAAAAGAAAGAAAGAGGUUUGCUUAAAAGGCACAAGUUCCACAUCUUUCUCCAGGUUAAACAAAAAUGAAAAAAAUGCAAGACUUUUUUUUUUGAUAAAACAAAAACAAAAGCAAAAAAAAAAAAUUACCAAGUGGGCAGAAAAUGUCUAUUGUAUGUAUAUUUGCGUGUACAGUGUCUGUAGCUCCAUGUGUAUGUGUGUGCGUGCGCGUGUGUUUGUACGUGUGCGUGUGUAUAUCUAUAAAUAUAUAAAUAUAUAGAUAAUAUAUUAAAGAUAAAGGGUUAAAUUGAGUUCUUUGCUAGAAAAUAUCACAGCCCAUCAGGAGUUCUCUGUUUUUCCUGUGUUUCAUAUUAAUGAAAAUCCAGUUGGGGCUUCUGGAUUUAACAAGAGAGAGCUGUUGCAUUUCGGUUUGGUUCUGGGGAACGUUUUGCAUGUUCCAAAAUUCCCAGGUGCUCAUUUGAGCACAGUAGCCCUUCCUCAUGUGAUGCAUUGGAGACAGGGCCUUGUUCCAUGGCCUCUUGUUCCAGGGAUACUUUCCUCCCACAUAUUUUUUUCCCCUUUUGCAAUUGAUAAUUCCAACUCCUAUGCCUACUUCUGUUCCUCGCAGAUGUUCAGGUGGCUUUCAUAUACUGCAAAGGAGAUUUGAAAUGGAACAAUACUUUAAAGCCAGACUUGCCAACUUAAAAGAACCUUAGUCAUCUGGAACUGCUACAUUCACAGCCAUUUAAAGAUGGGCAUUCUUCCCCCCCCCCCCCCACAAUAGCCCUUCAGCUCCUGUCCUCUCAGUCUGUCUAGAUAGCUAGAGACCACUUAGCUCACUCCUGACGGUCUUUGCCACCUUUGGGUUCAAGGUGCAAAACAAAUUUAUGAGAGAUUAAAAAUAAUUCUUUACUGGUGCAAUGAGGGGUGCUUUUUUACCCUCCUUCAAACACUGCCUCCUCCUCCUCUGACAGUAAUAUAUUUACAUGCAAACCACAUCUGUAGCCCAUUUCUUGCUAUUUUAGGUAGCUUUUCCUGGAAAUGGUGAAGAUGAAUAGUUCUCUAAAACACGCUACACACCAAUUUAUCUGAUUCUAAGGAACACAUAGGCCUACACAUCUUGAAUUGCAUUAUAUGUUUAUAUGCUUGGAAGUGCUUUUUUAAAAGUAGCAUCUACAAAAAAUACAAUCUACAAGCGAUGGAGCUCUAAUGUAAUGCCUUGUUCUUUUCACUGUUGGGGAAAUUUCUUGUGGCUGCAACAAGAGAUGCCACUUCAUAUGUGGAAAAUUCUCCCGUCUGUAGUACAAGUUCAUUUCUGUGCAUGUGCAGAAUGGAAUCCUCACACAUGCAUCCAAGGCGACUUUGGAGAUUUUUUCUUUGUUUGGGGGUUUUGUGUUGGAGGGGAACCUUUGAGUCUUAUUUGCAAUGCCUUCUGCUUAGCCAUAAUAAUUCUUACUAAUAAUAAAAAAAGGAAAACAGCUUUCCUAAAAAAAAAAAAAAAAGAAAAGAAAAAGAAAACCAACAAAAUCCCUUGUAUUAGCUUUUCUCAGUUAUGAAAUAUCAUUCAUUUUGGAAGGGGGCUGUCUGCCAUGCAUAAAUAAAUGCUUGUCAGUUUUGUGGUUAAACAAGUACAUUUUGUUCAGGUGAUAAAUGAGCCUCAAUCAAGCUGAAAGGAAAAAAAUUGCUUGAAAUUUCAGAAGAAAAUUUCUAUUCGUAAAAAUUUCUUUUUCUGUUUGUUUGUUUUUUGAAAGCACCCUGUUCUCUAAAGAAUCUCUUUGUAAGAUUUUUGUAAAAAAAUUUGUUUUACAAGAUUUUAUUUGAAAUUGUUUUUUGCAAGAUUGUUAUAUUUCUGUAUGAAUGUAUUUUUUAUUGGAAUAACAUAAAAAAAUUCUUAUCAGCA